UUCACCAACCGAGCUGUUCGGUUCAGACGGGAUUCGAACUUUUUAAGCGUAUCACGAGAGUCCAGUGCGCACCAAGUCAAACCAGAUAAGUUCACUAAAAUUAAGGACUGGAUAAACAUUCAGUACACUCUAAUUUUAUUUUACUUACAGAGAGCUCAUCUUAUUAUAUACACCAACAAUGGCGACGAACCUUGAAGAGCUGCCGGUACCAAUCUACUCAAAGCUCGAGCCAGUGUACGGAACCGGAUCGCAACUAGAAGAAGCGCAGCUCCGAUUCGACACGCUCAACUCUAAAUUCACCGAAUUUUUCGCUUCUUCGCCCGAUUUAUACGCUCGAUCGCCGGGUCGAGUGAAUUUGAUUGGAGAACACAUUGAUUAUGAAGGCUACUCAGUGUUGCCGAUGGCUAUUCGACAAGAUACUAUUGUCGCGAUUCGAAAACACGAUGUUAGUGAGCCGGAGAAGCUUAUUCGGAUUGCUAAUGUGAAUGAUAAGUAUGAAAUGUGCACUUAUCCUGCUGAUCCUACUCAGGAGAUCGACUUGAAAAACCAUAGAUGGGGACACUACUUUAUUUGUGGGUAUAAGGGUUAUUAUGAGUAUGCUAAAAUAAAGGGACUGAAAGUCAGUCCACCAGUAGGACUUGACAUUUUAGUUGAUGGGACAGUCCCAACAGGAUCUGGACUGUCAAGCUCUGCAGCAUUUGUUUGCUCAUCUACAAUUGCUAUAAUGGCUGCCUCUGAUGUUAGCUUGCCAAAGAAAGAACUUGCUCAACUUACUUGUGAUUGUGAGCGACAUAUUGGGACACAAUCUGGUGGUAUGGAUCAGGCUAUCUCUGUCAUGGCCAGAACUGGUUUCGCAGAGCUAAUUGAUUUCAACCCUAUACGUGCAACUGAUGUGCAACUUCCAACUGGCGGGUCUUUUGUAAUAGCUCAUUCAUUGGCUGAAUCCCAGAAAGCAGUCACAGCUGCUACAAAUUACAAUAAUCGGGUGGUAGAAUGCCGUUUAGCUGCUAUUGUUCUUGCUAUCAAGCUUGGACAGAAACCUCAAGAAGCAAUAUCUGAAGUAAAAACUCUUUCUGAUGUUGAAGGGUUAUGUCUAGCAUUUGCAGACAGCCGAGGUUCUACUGAUCCUGGUCUUGCUGUCCAGGAGCUAUUAAACGAAGAACCAUAUACAUCAGGAGAUAUUGAAAAUAUAAUCGGGGAAAACUUACAUGUGGUUUUUGCAAACUCCCCAUCUUCUUUGGAUGUGCUUAAAGCAGCCAGGCACUUCAAGUUAUUCCAGAGAGCCUUUCAUGUGUACUCGGAAGCCAAGCGUGUAUAUAAUUUCAAGAAUGCUGUCUCGUCAGAUUCAAGUGAAGAAGACAAGCUGAAAAAGCUUGGCGACCUUAUGAAUGAGAGCCACUAUAGCUGCAGUGUGCUGUAUGAAUGCAGUUGUCCGGAGUUGGAAGAACUUGUAAAGGUUUGUAGAGAUAAUGGUGCUUUUGGGGCAAGGCUCACUGGAGCUGGAUGGGGUGGUUGUGCUGUAGCUUUAGUGAAAGAAAGCAUUGUCCCCCAGUUUAUCCUCAAUUUGAAGGAACAAUUUUUUAAACCAAGGAUUGACAAAGGAGUGAUCAACCAUAAUGAUCUUGGUCUCUAUGUUUUUGCUUCCAAGCCUUCAAGUGGUGCUGCUAUCUUUAAGUUUUAGAUCGUAAAUUCGUGUCUGGGUUGUGAUUCUGAUUCAUACUCGAUGUGAUUUUAUUUAGCUACCCACCCUUACAUUGGCUAGUAGGCCAUUUCUGCACAAAAUCGUUGCCAGAUGUUUUAAUAUUAAAUGUUUUUUUUUUCA